AUGGGGUGGGAUACGUCUCUCUGCAUACAAAGAUUCGAAAACAUCGCUACGAAGACCUUUGAUCGCCAUGCAAGCUCGGGCUUCAGCUUUGCCCGCCUACAAAACCUCGCCUUGUCCUAUCUCCGAGACGGACAGUACAGCUCUUCUCCAAUCGAGGCAGCUUUUCGAUCUGAGCUUGGUAAGGAUAUCCGCAUGUUCAAUCCCUUGAGCUCGGAUCUUAAGGUUGCUGUCACGACAACAACGGCCAAGGAGUCCAAAACAUGUCUGUUCUCAAAUUAUAACGGCAAUCUGCGGUCGUGUGACAGCGGGUACGACGUAGUAAGAACUCGUGAAUCGGUUCAUGAUGUUUCUGUAGCACAAGCGGCAAGUUGUACGAGCGCAGCCCCAUGGUUUUUCCGACCCAAGGCAAUCGAGAACGUGGGCACUUUCCAAGAUGGUGGUCUGCAGCAUAACAACCCCCUCAAUCUAGCGCUGUGGGAGCUCCGACAUCUGUGGCCCGAUCGAAGUACUCCAGACUUCGCGCUGUCCAUUGGCACUGGCUAUUCUGAGUCACUCUUGUCCAGAGCUUGUGUAGGAACACAAUCACCUGUAAGGGAUCGGUUCAUUGCGCGACUCUUCAAGACCUUCAUGAAGAGCCUCGAUGGCGAAAAGAUGUGGAAAGAGUUUCAUAACAGUCUUCCUGAUUACGCUAAGCAGAGGUACCAUCGCAUCAACAUCGCGGUCGAAGGCUCUGAGCCUGCAAUUGACGAUAUCGCCAGUAUGCACAACCUCAAGCGACAGGCACUAGCGUUUCUGGAGCGCGACAACAAUUUGCAGGCAGCACUGGACGCUAUGAUAUCAUCCCUUUUUUAUUUCGAGCUGGAAGAUGUGCCAGAGCAAUGUGAAACUGGGUACGUCUGCGAUGGACAUAUCUAUUGCAGGUUAGCUCUACCACCAAACGGCAGGCGUUGGCUUUUCACUCAGUUGACCAAGACGUCCUCGUUCUUCAUUAUCCUUGGGCAGCCUAUCGCAUGCGUGGAUCGUACUUCGAAGAAUCUCCCCUCAUUCAGACGUCGUGUGCGUUUCACCAUUGGCUCCUUGGAUGAGAACAUCGGCAUUACCUUGAGAGGGAUAACGGAUUCUCCUACUGCCAUUAGCGGUAUGCCUAAGACGGCGAAGCAGUUGGUAGAGAUGCAAGGCUUGACAGCAGACUUCGGCUGUCUAGACCACAGAGGUAUAGACAAGGCGCUCCCUCGACUUCCUCAGAAGCGAAAACACUAUGGUAUUGCUUGA